UAUACACCGUUAAAAGGAACGUAAACAUUGAACAUGGCAGUCAGCUGACGAUUUGUAGUCGUGGAUGUGAUAUUGAUAGAAAGAGUUAGGCUUAGUUAUUUUGUCUUAUAAUGAAUUAGAUUGGUGGAAUCAGACGAAAUGUGGGUUAAGCCGGAGGAGGUUUUACUAGCCAAUGCACUAUGGGUGACGGAGAGAGCUAACCCAUUCUUUGUCCUACAAAGGCGGAAGGGUUAUGGAGGGGGUGGACUCACGGGGCUGCUGGUGGGCACGUUGGACACGGUCCUGGACAGCAAGACACCACCGUACCGAAUUUUGCACCAGACCCCGGGGUCAGAGGUUAGCUACAGUGUAUCCAUAGCUAAUAACAAGGUAGAAAUACACAAGGACUGGGAAUGGAUUGAACAGAACCUGAUGGAGACCCUCGGUGCUUUUGAAAAUGAAGAAGAUGCCACAGAAUUUGUUAAGUGUAAAAUUGAGAGCAUGUUCACGCACGAAAACGAGGAGAGAGAGGUGGAUGAAGAGGUGGAGAAUUACAAAACUUCAACCCGAAAAUUUAUGAAACUGUUCAACAUGCCACGGGAAGAGAAACUAGUCAAUCAAUAUUCGUGCAGCCUGUGGAAGAACAACAUUCCCAGACAGGGAUGGAUGUACCUGAGCGUCAAUCAUCUGUGUUUCUACUCCUUCCUGAUGGGUAAAGAGGCCAAGGUCAUCAUACGCUGGACCGAUAUCACAAAACUUGUAAAGGGCAACAAUAUGCUUUUUCCUGAAAGCAUAAAGAUGUCAACUAGAGAAGGGGAGUUUGUAUUCUCUAUGCUUCUACACAGCAGUGAAACCUUCCGAUUGAUGGAACAGCUGGCCAAUAUGGCAAUGAAACAGUUGAUGCAGGAGGGAGGCUUUGAAGAGGACAAAACCAUUGUUGACAGAACCAAGAAAAGAACCCCGAAGAGGAUGUCAUCCAUCAAGAGGGACCUUGAUGCCCGCGCCAGAAGUGAUGCGUUUAGGUCAGCCUUUUGUCUUCCCCUGGAGGAGAAGUUAGAUGGAGACACAGAAUGUUUGCUGUGGACCCCGUACAACAAGCAGCACAUUUGGGGUCGUCUGUAUCUCUCCAGCAGCUACAUCUGUUUUGCCAGCAGGGUUGAUAUUGUUGAGCAGCCGACAGUUACAUCUCAGAGGCAUGUUCGUAAACGCAAACUCCGACGUGAACAUGCAAUAAUUGAGGGUCAGGUGCGUGACCUACUUACAGUGGUGAUACCACUCCGUGAGGUGGUGCUGGUGGAGAAGGUGGAUAAUGCGGCUAGCGGUGAACUGGGAACAGACUCUCUGGUGGUCACCACCAAAGGAAAGCAUAACUUUAUCUUCUCACAACUUCCUGUACGAGAGUUCAUCUUACAGAAGCUCUCCGACUUCUUGUCCAGAGUAGAGGACCCUUCAGAUAAGAGCCUUUCAAGACAGAAUUCUUCAGUUGACUCGGCCAAUAACUCACCAGAUGAGAUCCAGUUCCAGCCAGCCCUGGUCAGUGUGUUUCACAGAAGGAAUUCAGAUGAAUUGUCUGCAAAGGAGACUGUCAAGGAGCACCUGUGGAAUGUCCAUUUCUCAGAAUUUGGGAGGGGUGUGUGUAUGUAUAGAACCCACAAAACCCAGGAGCUGAUCUUACAGGGGCUUCCAGAGAAAUUCCGUGGAGAGAUAUGGAUGCUGUUUUCUGGUGCCAUAAAUGAGAUGGCUACAAACAAAGGCUACUACAGAAACAUGGUGGAACAGAGUCUUGGGAAGUACACACUGGCUAGUGAUGAAAUUGAAAGAGAUCUUCACAGGUCUCUGCCCGAACAUCCUGCCUUCCAGUCGGACCUUGGAAUCGGUGCUCUGAGGCGAGUGUUGACAGCUUAUGCGUGGAGGAAUCCCACAAUAGGUUACUGUCAGGCGAUGAAUAUUGUAACCAGUGUGCUGCUGCUAUAUGUCAGUGAGGAGGAGGCCUUUUGGUUGUUGACAUCCAUCUGUGAGAGACUCCUUCCUGACUACUAUAACACCAAGGUCGUGGGGGCACUGAUUGACCAGCAGGUCUUUGAGGACCUCAUUAACGAGAACCUCCCAGCACUGCAUCAGAAGUUGGAGGUUCUUGGUCUCCUCACCAUGAUUUCCCUGUCUUGGUUCCUAACAAUAUUCCUCAGUGUGAUGCCAUUUAACUGUGCAGUGAGCAUUCUGGAUUGUUUCUUCUACGACGGAGCCAGGGUAAUUUUUCAAGUAGCCUUGACAAUUCUGGACAACAAGCAGGCAGAACUACUUGAUGCAAAAGAAGAGGGGGAGGCCAUGACGAUUCUGAGUUCUUACCUAGAGAAUGUCACCAACAAAGACUCUACAAUGCCUCACAUUGUCCACACCAACACCAUGUGUAGUGGUCUGUCGGAAAAGAAAGAGCCCAGUGUUGACGUGGCUGAAUUGAUCGAUGACAGCUACAGAAAAUACGGACACAUCUCUAAUCAAGACAUAGACAAACUACGACUGAAAUAUCGCCUUCAUGUCGUCCAGCAUAUUGAGGACAGCACAAAGAGAAAUGUAUUGAGAAGUGUUCAAACUCACACACUGUUCAAAGGGAAGGAGCUCGAGGACUUGUUCAGGCUAUUCAAGGAGGAAUACUUAACGUCCUGCUACUGGAGGACCAGUCAACAGCCUGCAGACAUGGGAGAUAAAUUUGACCCUUCUCGACCUUAUUAUGAGAUGUAUAAGGUGGACUUUGAGCAGUUCAAGACUAUGUAUCUGUCUCUCUCUCCAUGGGCUUCAGGAUCCAGGGCAGGACAUCUAGCUCUCAGGACGUUUAAGUUUUUGGAUGAUAAUAAAGAUAACAUGGUAAACUUCAAGGAGUUUGUUUAUGUGCUUGGUGUGAUAUGUAAAGGGGAUAUAACUCAGAAGAUAAAGCUGUUGUACCUUUUGCACCAGUUAUCUCCCCAUGAGUUAGAGGACAUGCCUGCAUCAUCCCCAGUGUCGCCUUCAAAACCAGAGAAUCCAGAGAGUGCUGUAGAGGCUGCUGAUUAUUUCGAUAGUGAUACAAGCUCAGUGGAUGUUCUGCAGGACGAAAUAUCACUCCCAGGAGAUCCUGUUCUGGAUGAGGAGGAGGAAAGUGAAGUUAAGGAAGAAUCUCGCCAAGAUACCAGCACCGAGGACAAAACCCAGAUAGCGGCAACUGCAGAAUCUAACCAGGAUGUUAACAAGGCUGAUAUUUUGGGGGCAGAGGGUGGAGGAUCACAGAUUGUGGGGAGUGGACCCUGCGGUGAUGAGGGACUAGAUGUUGUACAGAAAUCUGCAGAGGAGGUCACCAUAGAGAAAGAAACAGAACUACAUGAAAAAUUAAAAAAGAUGUAUGCAAAGAAAAAGGAACUGAACAGAAGUGACAGUAAGGCAGAAUUCAAGGAUGUUCCUAGGAUGUCUCAGGCACAGUUUAUUGACCUGUGGAGAACAUUAUAUGACAUGUUUACCGAAAACAAACAAGAACAGGAACUCUAUCAUUCCAUAGCCUCUGUGGGAACCUUGUUAUUAGAAAUGGGAGAAGUGGGCAAAAAAUUCUACCUCCAAAAAUCGGUGUCAGAGAGCAGUACCGGGGAAAACAGCUCUCCAGGGAUGGACAGUUUGACGGAGGAAGUGGAUCAACUAAAAGUGGAGCCGACCAAGAGUUUAUCAGACUUAGAUGAGAGUAAGAUGAAGGAGGAAACUAGUUCGUCUCCGACAGAGAAGCCUCAACCCGAUGAAGGAUCAUCUUCCGUUAGUAGAAACUCAUACUCUAAACCAGACUCUGAUUGGUCAAUUAGUUUUGAGCAGUUGGUUGCAUCAUUGCUUACUGAGCAGCCAUUGGUCACGUAUUUUGAGAACCAUGAGGAUGUAUCCGAGGCUGUGUCUAAAAUGAGAAAUCGGAGGCUGAUAACUAGACAAUCUGGUCACUUCCCUGAAAAGAAAAAGUGAAAAUGUGGGCCGGGUACAUGUAAUAAUUGGCUUUGGUUAUGGAUAAUAAUUCAUUUUGUUUUGUUUUUAAAGAUCAGCCAUUGUUUGUCACGUGUAUGCAACACAUGUAGUUACAUCUAUAAUUCAUUUUAGCUCUCUCUUGACUGUAACCACUUUGUAAAACUUGCAAUAAACAUUUUAAUGUAUAA